AUGGUUUCCAUGAAAGUUCUGUCUAUCCUCUUUGCAGCCUUGAGCGCUGCCGAGGCUGCGCAGCUCCUCAGCGUCCAGAGCAAGCAGGAUGUCAUCGAUGACUCGUACAUUGUGGUUAUGAAGGAUGAAGUCCCGAUGUCCGAAGUUAACUCCCAUGUCUCGUGGGUGCGCGCGACACACAACAGCGGAAACGCCCGCCGAAACGCCACAAUCACCGGAGUGAAAGCGACCUUUGACAUUGGCAAAUUUAAGGGCUACACCGGCGCCUUCGACCAUGAGACUCUGGAUAAGAUUCUCGCGGAUGACAAGGUUAAAUAUGUCGAGCCCAAUCAACGAAUGACCAUUCAGGGAGUGGUUACGCAACGCAACGCUCCAUCUUGGGGUCUCGGCAGAAUUUCCAGCCAACGACCAGGAAGCCGCGACUACCACUAUGAUGACUCUGCGGGCCAGGGCAUUGUUAUCUAUGGCGUUGACACCGGUAUCGAUAUCCGCCACCCGGACUUUGGCGGUCGUGCCAUCUGGGGUACCAACACCAUCGACAGAGACAACCGCGACGGUAACGGCCACGGAACCCACACUGCUGGUACCUUUGCCGGAAACACUUUUGGUGUUGCCAAAAAGGCCACCAUUGUUGCUGUCAAGGUCCUUGACAACAGAGGCAGUGGCAGUAACUCAGCCAUCAUUGAGGGCAUGAAUUGGGCUGUCCAACACGCGAGACAAAACAAUGUUCUCGGCCGCGCGGUGAUGAAUUUGAGCUUGGGAGGUGGAUACUCCCAGGCCACCAACAAUGCCGCUGAAAACUGCGUUCGCGCCGGUAUCUUCCUUUCCGUUGCUGCUGGUAACGACAACCAAAAUGCUGGCAACUACUCCCCUGCCUCUGCUCCUAACGUUUGCACUGUCGGAUCCUCCGAUAUCCGCGACAACCGCUCCUCUUUCUCCAACUGGGGUCGAGUUGUUGACAUCUUUGCCCCUGGCUCUGAUAUCCUCUCUACCCGCACCGGAGGUGGCACCACCACCAUGUCUGGCACAUCCAUGGCUGCUCCUCACGUUGCUGGCUUGGGAGCUUACAUUAUGGCCAUUGAGCGAACCCACCCAAGCCGUGUUUGCGACCGCAUCAAGCAGGUCUCGAUCCGUGCCGUUCGCAACGCUGGACCCGGAACCACCAGCCAGCUCGCUUACAACGGCAGCGGCAGAUAA